AUGACUGCUCUGAAUAACCCUUCGGGUCUUUUCCCUGCUGCGUCCCUGCAUCUUUUCACUAGGCAGAAGACAGAAGCACAACUUGAGGAAGAGAAGACAGAAGCACAACUUGAGGAAGAGAAGACAGAAGCACAACUUGAGGAAGAGAAGACAGAAGCACAACUUGAGGAAGAGAAGACAGAAGCACAACUUGAGGAAGAGAAGACAGAAGCACAACUUGAGGAAGAGAAGACAGAAGCACAACUUGAGGAAGAGAAGACAGAAGCACAACUUGAGGAAGAGAAGACAGAAGCACAACUUGAGGAAGAGAAGUCAGAAGCACAACUUGAGGAAGAGAAGUCAGAAGCACAACUUGAGGAAGAGAAGACAGAAGCACAACUUGAGGAAAAGGAAGUCCUGGAGACUACAGGAGCUUUACUUCCAACCUUAGAGACUACAGGAGCUCCACUUCCAACCUUUGAGACUACAGGAGCUCCACUUCCAACCUUAGAGACUACAGGAGCUCCACUUCCAACCUUAGAGACUACAGGAGCUCCACUUCCAACCUUAGAGACUACAGGAGCUCCACUUCCAACCUUAGAGACUACAGGAGCUCCACUUCCAACCUUAGAGAUUACAAGAGCUCCACUUCCAACCUUAGAGAUUACAAGAGCUCCACUUCCAACCUUAGAGACUACAGGAGCUCCACUUCCAACCUUAGAGACUACAAGAGCUCCACUUCCAACCUUAGAGACUACAGGAGCUCUACAUCAAAACAAAAUGUCUACUUUUUCUUUAUUAUCGUCUAUUACCUUGGAGAGAUCACGUGACUGUGAUUGUCUUCAGCUGAGUUCGAACCGUGACACUUGUAUUCCAUAUCCGAAGUCGCAACCACUCAGCCACCUGGCCACUUCAGCAGCGUAA